GCCCGGCACAGCUCGGUGCAUGAGUGGCUCCUUCUCUCUGCAGGUGGGGUGAUCAGCUACGUGGGCUCCAGCGGCGCCUCUCCCACCCGCACCAGCCCCGUGUCCCUCUGCAGCGACAGCUCCAACGGCAGCUCCCAGUCGGGCUCGCAGCCCUUCCCCACCUACUUCCCACCGUCACCCACCGGCUCCCUCCAGGAUUCCCGCGCCUAUGGUGGAGCCACGCUGGCCCCCCAUGAAGACGGUUCCCCUUCCUCCUCCUCCUCAUCCUCCUCCUCCACCUCCUCUUCCUCGUACGGCUCCUCGGUGAAUUUCCCCGGGGUGCAGCCGGUCCCCGCGGACGAGCGGCGCCGCAGCUCGCCAAGCAAAGCCGGCAGCACCGUCACGAAGCUCAACGGCAUGGUGCUGCUCUGCAAGGUCUGCGGGGACGUCGCCUCCGGCUUCCACUACGGCGUCCACGCCUGCGAGGGCUGCAAGGGCUUUUUCCGCCGCAGCAUCCAGCAGAACAUCCAGUACAAGAAGUGCCUCAAGAACGAGAACUGCUCUAUCGUCCGCAUCAACCGCAACCGCUGCCAGCAGUGCCGCUUCAAGAAGUGCCUGCUGGUCGGCAUGUCCCGUGAUGCCGUGCGCUUCGGGCGCAUCCCCAAGCGGGAGAAGCAGCGGAUGCUGGCGGAGAUGCAGAGCGCCAUGGGCGGCAUGGCCAGUGCCCCACCGCCGAUGCCGGGGCCCGGCGAG